AUGUCAUAAGUCAUUGUCAUUUGUUUUAUUUAUCACAAAAUAAAUAUGUCGUGAUUUAUUGAUAAAAAAAUUAUAUAAACCUUUGUAAAAGAGUAAAAAAAGCAGCAAAUUUUGUGUAAAUCUACAGAAGCAAGCCAUGUCCCUCCUUCCUCUAGGAUACCUUUUAUUAAGAACGACAAAAUGUUACACGACAAGGCACGUACCGGUGCGAAAUUUGAUGUCGAAACAGUUAGUCUACCAACAAUUUGGAGACCCUCUGUGUGUUGUGCAGUUCCGGGAAGCUGCUAUACCACAGCUAGGGGAUCUGGAAGUACUCGUCAGAAUGCUAGCUGCCCCUGUUAACCCUGCCGAUAUAAACACCAUACAAGGAUCACAUCCAGAUUUGCCCUGCUUGCCCCAUGUGCCUGGAGAUGAAGGUGUUGGUGAUAUAAUGGAAAUUGGCCGUAAAGUGACCUACGUAGAGCCGGGCCAUAGAGUAGUCCUAUCUUCCCGACAGCUAGGAUCAUGGAGAUACUAUGGUAUUUACAACGAAACUGAUGUCCAUAAAGUUCCUCCUAACAUACCUUUAGCUGAAGCAAGUAUGCUUACAGUAGCACCUGUGAGUGCCUACAGAUUGCUAAAUGACUUCAAGCAACAAAAGCUAUGUCCUGGACAAUGUAUUGUUCAAAAUGGUGCUAAUAGUGCUAUCGGGCAAAGUGUCAUACAGAUUUGCAAAGCCAUGGGAGUUAACACGCUUAAUAUUGUUGCAAAUCACUGUGGGUAUGAAUCUGUCAAAGAACACUUGUUAAGUAUAGGUGCUACAAAAGUUUAUACCCUUGAAGAAGCUGAAGAAUUGGCAUGUUGUGGUUUAAGUUUUCAGCGACCAACAUUAGCACUUAAUUGUAUAGGAGGGAGAUAUGAAGAUGUUAUGCUCAUGCUUCUCGAACGCUGUGGAGACAUGGUAUAUUAUGGAGGAGCUUACUGUCUACCCCUAAACCAAUACAUGCGCAAUGAUGUUUGGUUUCACAAAUUCUUAUUGUCCAAUUGGGAUCAAAAUACAACAAAUGUUGAGAAAGAAUUUACAUAUAAAUAUAUACAAGAGCUGAUAGUAAUGGGGAAGUUUAGAGCGCCUAUGUAUGAACCUGUAAUGCUUAAGUAUUAUGACUAUGCUCUCAGGAAUACAUGUCAUUGUGAAGCUUUUUCGACCCUUAAUUAUGUGUUCGAUUUUACAUUGAUUUAAGACCGUACCUACGUGCUGAACUCACCCAACCAAUAAAUCGUAUUUAGUUGAAUGCGUCCUUGUGAUUUAAAUUUCUAAAACUUUAUUUUAAAGAUAAUAAAUUACGA